UGCGCCGCAUAUAAAAGAAGUUUUAUAUAUAUAUAAUAUAGGGUGCUCAGAUAAGCCAUUAGUUGGACUGAUUGCAACAUUAUUUUGAUUUUAAGUAAGGCUUAAAACUCUUUCUGUAUCUGUCUCUUUUUGACUUCAAAACGAGACAGAGUUAAAAUGAGAUAAAGUUUUAAGUCUCACUUAAUCAAAGUGACAUUGGUGGUGGACAACUAGACCUAAUUGCAUUUGAUAAAGCCCAGAAAAAGAAAUCUAUAAUCAUCAUGUGGAAAAUAAUAUUAUGUACGAUCAUGGGCCUGGUGAUCGCUGAACAGACUACUUUUGACGAUUACAAGGUCAUCAAAAUUAAUGUAACUACAAACAAGCAAGUUGAAUUGCUUAAUCAGAUGGUAAAAGAUCCUGAUCAUUUUUCCUUCUGGAAAGAACCGUCUGUGAAUAAACAAGCGCAACUUAUGGUAGCCCCGCAGAAAUUGUCCGAAUUCUACGAAUUGAUGGCACAGAUCCAAGCACCUUAUAAAGUUUCUAUUGAGAAUGUUCAGGCAUUAAUCAAUCAAACGGCAAUCGCAAAAGCAUCAGAAACAUUUGAUUUCACAAAAUAUCAUACUCUCGAUACAAUUUACAAUUAUCUAGAUGAUUUGGAAAAGAAACAUCCCGACAUAGUACAAACUGUCGUGGCCGGUAAAUCAUAUGAGGGUCGUGAAAUUAAAGGCGUCAAGAUUUCUUUUAAACACAAUAAUCCUGGAGUUUUUUUCGAAAGUGGCAUUCACGCUAGAGAAUGGAUCGCGCCUGCGACUGUUUUGUAUAUCUUGGAUCAAUUGCUAACCAGUAACAAUACAGACGUUAGAAAUCUAGCUGAAAGUCACGAUUGGUAUAUCUUCCCAGUGUGCAAUCCUGAUGGAUACGUGUAUACGCACACCACGAAUCGAAUGUGGAGGAAGACACGUAAGCCAUACGGUAAUUGUUAUGGCACUGAUCCUAACAGAAACUGGGGUUUCACAUGGAAAAAUGCAAGCGAUGACAGUGGCCCAUGCACUGAGACCUACCCUGGAUCUGCGCCGUUCUCCGAUAUUGAAACAAAAAGUCUAUCCAAAUAUAUCGAAUCCAUUUGUGAUCAAUUUGAUAUAUACCUUUCAUUCCAUAGUUACUCGCAACUAUUAAUGUUCCCUUAUAGUUACACAGUAGAACACGUUGACAAUUACAACGACUUGAAUGAUAUUGGCUUAAAAGCGAAGAUAGCUCUCGCUAAGAGAUAUGGAACUAACUACACUGUCGGAGAUAUUGCCGAAACAAUAUAUGAAGCUUACGGAAGUUCUCUAGAUUGGGUCAAAUUUACUUGUGGUACAUCUAUCCUGUUUGCCUAUGAAUUACGUGAUCAAGGUGAAUACGGCUUUUUGUUGCCCUCUAAGGAAAUUAUCCCGACUGGAGAAGAGACUUUGGAUUCUAUCUUGGUCAUGCUAAAAGAGGCAACUAUACUUGGAUAUCCAUAGAUGAAAUUUUUCUAUUCCAUCUAAAUAGUUUGGAGUAUUCAGAAUUGGCUAGCUCAUGUAUAAAUAAUCUUGCAUUAUACUACGAAAUGAUCUUGCAUUAUACUAUAAAUUCGAGACACUACGUGCCUCUUGAUGUCUGAAACAAGCCUACAUCGUAAUAAUUAAGUUUCCGUAAAAUAAGAUUACCCAGAGGACUUGCUUAAUCAUAAUUUAAAUGUCUACGAAGAGAAAUUCGUGUUAUACUGAAGAGAGACUCGCAGACUAGCAAUUAUU